CAGUCACGGUGCACGCUCACCAACUUGUACUAGCUACGCAUACCGACAUUAUUAGAAACUCGUGAAUCACAAGGUAGUUCACGCUACAAUCUCGUUGAACCCUCGCUGUUCCACCCAGCUUCAUAUAAAUCAUCAUUCAGCCAUGGACGUGGUCAAGGCAGUGGAAACAUACAUCACGAAGUUGGUAUCUACGCCCUCUGCAAUGAAAGUUCUACUGCUCGACACACACACGACACCCAUUGUUUCACUCGCGUCUACCCAAUCUACCCUACUUUCACAUCAGGUUUACCUGACCGAUCGUAUCGACAAUGGGAAACGGGACCGGAUGUCGCACAUGAAAUGUGUCUGUUUUCUGCAGCCAAGUGAAGACAGUCUUGAUGCCCUUUCCGCCGAGUUAAGGGAACCAAAAUACGGGGAAUACUAUCUGUAUUUCAGUAACAUACUGAGCAAACCUGCCAUUGAACGUUUGGCUGAUAUUGAUGAAUUUGAAGUCGUCAGGGAGGUGCAGGAAUAUUUUGCUGACUACGCACCCCUGUUGCCCUGCCUGUUUUCUCUCAAUCAUACACCGACGGCGGAGAAACCCCUGUAUGGCUCCUCGCCAAAUGUGUGGGACUCCCUUGCGCUUGAGCGCACUGUUCAGGGUAUUAUGGCUGUCCUUCUCAGCUUAAAGAAGAAACCCGUGAUUCGGUACGAGAAAAUAAGCGGGAUGGCCCAAAAACUGGCGAGCGAAGUGCAGCAUCGUAUCCAAGCGGAAGCGACGCUGUUCGAUUUUCGCUUGACGCAAGUAGCUCCACUGUUGCUGAUUCUUGACCGGCGAAACGACCCCGUCACUCCUCUGCUAUCACAGUGGACCUAUCAAGCCAUGGUGCACGAGUUGCUGGGCAUUCAUAAUGGUCGCGUAAAUCUUAGCAUGGUCCCUGGUAUCCGUCCAGAGCUUUCUGAAAUAACCUUGACAACGAUUACCGACCCUUUCUUUCAAGCACAUUAUCUUGCGACGUUCGGUGACCUUGGCACUUCCCUGAAAAAUUAUGUCCAAUCAUAUCAGUCGCGUUCCCUCGCCCAAUCACCUUCAUCCAUUAACUCAAUAUUUGACAUGAAGCGCUUUGUGGAAGAAUAUCCGGAAUUUCGGAAGCUGGGUGGGAAUGUUAGCAAACACGUCGCUUUAGUAGGCGAGCUUAGCAGGUUGGUUGAUCGUGACAGGUUACUUGAUGUAGGAGAGGUAGAGCAAGGGCUGGCCACGAGCUCCGGUUCAGACUUUAAGAACGUACAGGCUGUGGUCAACAACCCAGUCGUGCCAGCUUGGAACAAGUUGCGGGUCGUCAUUCUCUACGCACUGCGUUAUCAAAAGACACAGACGAGCAAUAUUGCCGCCCUAAUUAAUUUGCUACUAUCCAAUGGCGUGUCUCGUGAAGAGGCUCGGCUAGUUUACGUUUUUUUGAACGUCGCCGGAUCAGAUCAGCGACAGGAUGAUCUAUUCUCCACCGAGUCUCUAUUAGCCAAGGGCAGAUCCGCUUUGAAAGGACUCAAGGGAGUCGAGAAUGUGUAUACUCAACACACGCCACAUCUUUCUCAAACUCUAGAAAAUCUCUUCAGGGGCCGAUUGAAGGAUACUGCGCACCCUUUCUUGGACGGGACUGGUACUAACAUGGGAUUGCAGCGGCCUCAAGAUAUCAUCAUUUUCAUGAUCGGUGGAACUACAUAUGAGGAAGCAAGGACAGUCGCACUCCUGAACCAAGAAGCAGGUAAUUCUCUGACAGGGACAAGAAUUCUACUUGGCGGCACUUGUGUGCACAACUCGUCCAGUUACGUUGAGAUGAUUCGCACCGCCGCAGAGAAAUUUCCCGUGUCAGUUUACGAGCCACCUCCAGAAUCCGCAAUCACUGCUCCAUCUUUGAACCUCAAUCUUGGCGGUGUCAAUGUCAGUCUUGGAGGUCCAACUGGAACGGGUGUGUAUAGAACAAGCUCUGACCAUGUCGGCGUUCAAGCCGAGGGUAUCAAGGAUGGUGUGCGCAAUUUUAUCGGACGGAUGAAGCAAGGUGUAGAUAAAAUCGGAUUGCAGUAAACUGUACAUCAUACUAUAAGCGCUCUCUAGAUCUGGUUUACCUUACUAGUCGAAUUCGUUUCUUCAAGUUCCAAAUAAAGCACUAGCUCGGAUA